UAUUUCACCUUUCAGAUGGGAGAACCUCAAGAAAUGCAACUUCACAAAAUGGAAGCUAAUGGAGCCAAAGAAACAAAUUCAUUGGAGGAUAAUAGUUUUCCCAGUGAAACGAACCAAUCAAAAAUCAGUAAGAAAAAAAAAUAUUAUGGUUGGUUCAGAAUAGCCCUCUAUGCUUCAUUUGUGUUGCUGGGCCAAUCAGCUGCAAUACUCCUUGGAAGAUUGUACUAUGAAAAAGGUGGAAAAAGCAAAUGGAUUGGAACACUUGUUCAACUUGUAGGUUUCCCUAUUCUGCUUCCUAUUUAUUUCAUCUCAGCACAAAAAAAUCUCACCAGAAAUAAUAACAUUCAUCCAAAUCAACCAUCUGCUUCAGUGCUAGCAAUUUUCUAUGUCUCCAUUGGCCUACUUGUAGCAUUAGAUUGUUAUUUAUAUUCAGUUGGGCUCUUGUACCUUCCUGUUUCUACUUAUUCACUCAUUGGUUCAUCCCAGUUGGCUUUCAAUGCUUUCUUCUCUUACUUUCUCAAUUCACUUAAAUUCACACCUUACAUAAUAAACUCACUAGUACUUUUAACCAUUUCCUCCACCCUCCUUGUACUUCAACCUGAUUCAUCAGAUUCCACACAAGUCUCAAAGAAAAAGUAUGUGAUUGGAUUCAUAUGCACAGUUGCUGCAUCUGCUGGGUAUGGAUUGCUGCUUUCAACUACACAGCUAGCUUUCAAGAAGCUUCUUAAAAGGGAAAGUUUCAAAGUGGUAAUGGAUGUGAUAAUAUAUCAAUCCCUUGUAGCUACCUCUGCUACUCUAGUGGGACUUUUUGCAAGUGGAGAGUGGAAAGGUUUGAAGAAGGAAAUGGAUGAGUAUGAAAUGGGGAAGGCAUCUUAUGUUCUGAAUCUGACUUUCACAGCCAUACUUUGGCAACUCUUUUCUAUUGGUUGUGUGGGACUUAUUUUUGAGGUUUCUUCCCUUUUCUCUAAUGCUAUAGGAGUUUUGGGUGUCCCUAUUAUUCCAAUGUUGGCAGUGGUAUUCUUUCAUGACAGAAUGCAUGGGAUUAAGGCCAUUUCUAUGGUGCUAGCUAUUUGGGGCUUUAUAUCAUAUGUGUAUCAACACUACCUGGAUGAUAUCAAGUCCAAAACAGAAAACAGAAACACCAGUCAUGUUGCCAUAGCUUCUUCACCUUUAGACGAGGUCAAUAGAGGAAUCAGGUAGGCUUUUAAGUCAUCAGUCUAAGUGUAAGAGAAACCAUUCAAGUUACUGUAAGUGCUGAAAUAUUAAUUACUU